AGUCACCAAAGCAGCCAACGCGGCGCUUGCUCAGCCUAGCCCUCCUCGAUCAGCUUGUUUGCUCGUACCGUCUCGCCAUGGAGAAGCACAUCGGCGGCGGCGUCAAGGUCACCUACAUCGAGACGCGGUUCGUCACCUCCGACGCCGCCGGCUUCAAGGACCUCGUGCAGCGCCUCACCGGCCGGUCCCCCGCCGGCGACGCGCCGGCCCCGGCACCAGCGGUGGCGCCGCGCGGCGCCGGCUGCGGGAGGAGCGCCAGAGCUCCUGCGGCCGCCGCCGACAUGCGGGGAUACUACCACGCCUCGUCGCCAGCAGUGCGCGCCGGUGACGGCCUCCUCGCGCCGCCGCGCCUGGACGAGGCGUACGGCGGCGGAGACUUCGCCGCCGGCCUGCUCUACGGCGCCAGCGCCAGCCAGGACGCACAAUGUGGGCACGGUGGAUAUUACAGUUUCAGUGAUUAUUUUCUUAGAGAUUGAUCGAGGGGCAUGAUCGGUCGAGAUUGGUUUUUAGAAGUAUAUAGUUGAUGUACAAAUCAAAUCUACGUGCAACCAUCCGCUAUUUUCAA